AUGACUGAAAGAUUUGAGAAAGACUUUGCAUUAAUUAAAUAUGCUUAUGAGAAUUUCAAUAUGGUGCCUAAGGGAAAUGAAGAAUAUGAGAGAAUGAUUUCAGGAAUGCAAUAUAAUAGAUUCGUUCCUGAGUUGAAAGUGCCCCGUAUAAAGACACAUGAAAAAUGUCAAAGAUACAGUUCAAUGAAACUUGAUGAUUUCCAUAACCCACAAGAGUUUGAAAUAUCUCAGAAACAUCAAUUGAAGCAAAUAUUUGGUAAAAUUGAUAAUACAUCCAUUAUUGAACCUCCAUUUUUUCUGGAUUAUGGGUUCAACAUUGAAAUAGGCUCUUAUACAACCAUAGCUCCAUUUUUGACAAUCAUUGAUGGUGGCAUUGUCAAGAUAGGUAGUAAUGUCAAACUGGGUCCAAGAGUCACGUUCAUCACAACUACACACCCAUUGGAUACAGUGAAAAGAGUUGAUGAAGAAUAUGAAUGGGCUAGAGGGAUAAAUAUUGGUGAUUUCGUUAGGAUUGGUGCUAAUGUAACUAUACUUGCUGGUGUGAGUAUUGGGGAUAAUGUUGUUAUUGGUGAGAAUUCUGUUGUUAUGAGAAAUGUGCCUAGUAAUGCUGUUUUCUCUGGAAUUCCUGCCAGAAUGGUCAAGAAAGAUGGGAAUCUUUAA